UCUGUACUUAGUUCCACUCUGGACUGUCCACACGACCGACGUAUUCGCUCGCUUUCUCUCUCUUUUCUCUCUCUUCUCACUUCCAUUAUGCACGUUUCUCUCUCCCUCCGUCCUUUCCUUCGUCUCUCUGUUACAUCUUCUCUUUUUCCCUAAGCUUUUACUUUUCAAACUCCACUAUAUUGUGUCAAACUUCUUGUUUUGCUUCGUGUUCUACUUUUCUCUUCUUUGACAUAUUCAUCUUUUCUCUCAUUAGUCUCUUUUCCAGAAUUUUGUAUUUAUCGUGUGCUUUCUGAAGGACUAAAUAAAGGUGGGAGCAUGACGAAGCUUAUACAGACACUACUGGUUCUCUCUGGAUUCACCUUUGUGUGGCACCAGGCUGAAGGAAGAGGAAGAGAAGGAGGAGGAGGAGGAGGAGGAGGAGGAGGGGGAGGGGCGAAGAAGAGUCACUACCAUCUCCAUCAUCACCACCACCACUUUCACGAGCCACAGGCACUGCCAACUACUGCUUACCUGCUGGAGGAGUUAAUAAAAAGAGAAGAGAGUGAGAAUAAUCUGGUUGUUCCUCCACUACCCACACCACACGCCACACUUCCACCUACGCCUCCACACCUGAAGCAGUACACUUGGUUGCCCUCAAGAGAAGGAAGAAGAGAAGAAGGAAAUGAAGGAGGAGGAGAAAGAGGAGGAUCUGGAGGAGGUGUCAGUGAGCAUGAUUUCAGUUCCUUAAAGGCUAAGGAGCUGAGGAAGAUGGAAGAGGAGGAGAAGAGGAUGUGGAAGAGGAUGAAGAACAGGAGGAGGAAGUUGAAAAAGAUGAUGAAGGAAGAAAUGAAGAGAAGGAAGAGACAGAUGAGGCUGACGAGUAAGAGGAAGAGAGGAAGCGAGAAAAGACCAAAUAUUGUGCUGAUUGUGGCUGAUGACCUAGGCUACAAUGAUGUCCCAUGGCACAACCCUGACAUCCGCGCCCCUGAGUUGCUGCGCCUGGCCCGUCAUGGUGUAGUGCUGGAGAACCAUUAUGUGCUGCCUGUGUGUUCCCCAUCCAGGGCCGCGCUUCUCACCGGCCGCUACCCCUUUAGAUACGGCAAGCAGGCUUCAUUCACGCCCCUCAGUCCCACCGGUCUCAACACCUCCCUCACGCUUCUGCCUCAGCACCUCCAGCACCUUGGUUACAAGACACACCUCAUAGGCAAGUGGCAUCUUGGUCAUUGUCACUGGGCCUACACACCCACACACCGCGGAUUCGACUCCUUCUACGGCUAUUAUUUGGGUAGCCAAGGGUACUAUAACAGAUACAAAAAGGUCGGGAUGCCCCCAAUGUCCGUUGGCCAAAGAAACAAGUUGCUGAGACGCCUCUCAACUACUACUGGAGAAGGCGCCGAAGGGAGUGCUGAUUUGAGUGGGAAAAGAGGAAGUGGUGACAACAAUAACCUUGAGGAUGUGUUUUCUGAGUUGAGAGGCGACGGCGAAGGACUACUGAAGGUGAAGAAGGCGGCGCGGGAGGAGGAGCAGCGAUAUAAUGAAGGAGGUUAUGACUUCAGACUGAACAAAACACCGCUGACUAACGUGACGGGAGUGUAUUCCAACGAUCUCUACGCAUCCAGAGUAGAAAAAGUAAUCCAGGAGCAUGUGAGAGGAGGUGAAGGGGCGCCUCUGUUCCUCAUGCUCUCCCUGCAGGCCACCCACGGUCCCCUGGAGGCGCCCCCGUCGAUAUGCGGCAAGAGGAGCCCCACCCCCCACCACAUUGAGAAUCCCUCCAGGAAGACAUUUCAUGACAUGGUAGCGGCGAUGGACUGCGUGGUGGGACGGCUGGUGAAGCAGCUGCGACGGUCACAUCUCUAUCACAACACGAUCAUUGUCUUCAGCGCCGACAAUGGAGGAAACUACCGUGUCGGAGGGAAUAAUUUUCCUCUGCGGGGGAGCAAAGGAAGUCUGUACGAGGGAGGCACGCGUGGGGUGAGUCUCCUCCACUCCCCUCUCCUCCCCAAUGUGGGUCAUCGUUAUAGAGGGCUGAUGCACGUAGUGGACUGGCGGGAAACUCUUUUGCACGCGGCCAGGGGACCCGCGCAUUGGCCCUCACACGGCGCCCCGGACCUGCAGGCGAGGAGAAUGAGAGAAGAGGCAGAUGAGAUGGUGGAGGAGGAGCGUGAGGGGGACGAUGACAGCCUGGAUUUGUGGGGCGCGCUAAUCCACAACGCUCCGUCUCCCCGCACCUCCUUCGUGUACAACCUGAGAAAAGGACCGCUACGGGGUGCCAUCAGGCGGCGUCACUGGAAGCUGGUGGUGGGUCUCGGAGGGCGGUAUGACGGAUGGGUGCCGCCCGAGGACGUGGGCAGCGUGGGUGGCGUGGGGCAUUCCUCCUGGACUACUCCCACCACUCGUCACCUGCCCGCCCACGCCCCUCCGAGUGAUACCAGCGAUAUGGUGAUGCUCUUCAAUAUGAGAAACGACCCUCUAGAGACGACUGACCUUUCUGGCCUGUACCCUGAGGUGGUGGCCACGUUGCGGGCCAAACUGCGGGAAUACAGCAGACACAGCCAGCACCCGCACUCCCCCAAGGAUGACCCCAGAGGACACCCAAGUCUUCACGGGGGUUUCUUCUCUCCGGGGUGGUGUGAGCCGUUAGUGUAAGGCGAGAGUAUGGAAGACUUGAGGUGCCGGGUGGCAUGAAGUGGAGGUGUUUUUGGAUACGUGGGAGGUGUGCGAGAGAGUAUAUGUUAAUUAUUUCACUGAUAAAUAGAUUUGUUUCGUUGCUUAUAACUCUUUGGACACUUAUUACGUAUGUGGACCUUAAAUUCAUACUAGUGUGUGUGUUUUUUUUUUUUUUCCGUAUGUGUUAAUAUUAAUUUGUAAUAUUUCCAUAAUUCUCUGCUGUAUAUUUCUUGUUAAUGUAUAAUCUCAUUCUUCAUUAUUCAGUUUGUUUUUCACAAUAUUUUUAUCUCUCAUUUAUUACUAUUAUUAUUUAUUCUUCUAUAAUCGAUGUAUGUACAUUUCCAAAAUUGCCUUGUAACCAUCAAGAGAGUCUAGAUCCUAGAACAUACAUGUGAUAGUGUCUGGCAUGGAGGCGUACAUUCCUCACUUUUUUUCAACCUAAACCUUGGUUUAAUUCAGCCUGUUCUCGUGCUAUACAUGAUAGAGAGGUUGCCCACAAAAGGUAUUUAAGCUGUAAUUAAGCCUUCCAUCACCUGAAUCUCACGCACCUUAUAUUUCUGCCCGGAAUCAUGCCAAGUCAGUUUUUCAGCUCGCCAAACACUCCUUCUUAAAUAGAAAAUGUCAUAAUCUAUCAAAUUUCAACUCCCCUCCCUAUCAAAAACGUGUCCAAUAACUUUACUUCUUCAUUUUUCCCUCCUUUAUUCCAUCAUGAUGGCACUACUGCCAUCACUUUUAACUCUAAAACUGAACUCUUCUCUCAAACCUUUGCUGAUAACUCUAAUUUGGAUGAUUCUGAGCUUGUCCCUCCCUCUCCUCCUCCCUCUCACUAUUUCAUGCCAUCGAUUAAUAUUCUUCGUAAUGAUGUUUUCUAUGCCCUCGCUGUCCUAAACUCUCGGAAAGCUCAUGGACCUUAUCGUUCUCAAAAAAACUGUGCUACAAAUUC